GGCUUGUGCAACUGGUUGGAUGAGUUUUGGUGACUAACUGAAUUCGCUGCAGCAGAGAGGAGCACACUGCAGAGCUCAUGGCAGCAGCAGCAUCCAACCCUCUGACGACUCACGUGCUGAACACUGGAGAUGGCAUCCCCGCAGCCAAGAUGGCGGUCAGCCUGCAUCGCCUAGACCCCGAGCUGAUGAUUUGGAACAUGCUGAGUGUCGGGACAACAAAUGAAGAUGGCCGCUGCCCAGGACUCAUCAGCGCUGAGGCUUUCACCUCCGGCAUGUACAAGCUGCGCUUUGAGACUGGUUCAUACUGGGAGGGUCUGGGUCAGACCUCCUUCUAUCCGUAUGUAGAGGUUGUAUUCACCAUCACUGAGCCGCAGCAGAGGUUCCACAUCCCAUUAUUGAUGAGUCGGUUCUCCUACAGCACCUACAGAGGAAGCUGAAAGGGAACAUUUCACUUUUUAUUUUUUCUCUCUCAAGUGCAAAAAAAGUGUACAACAGCAGACAGAACAAGAUCAUGGCCAUGCAGCAUAUAUCAUACAUAACCAACAAGGCCCAUGUUUACAUGUAAACAUCAACACACACAGCCUAGGUUACAGUUGACGGCUUUUCUAUUCCCUGAGAUACGUUUUUUAAUUUCAUUCAUCAGAGUAGAAAUUAUCUUAAUUAUUUUUGUUGUGGUCAGGAAACCAAACAACACAUUUUCCCUCUUCAGUGACAGAUUGUUCCCAAAACUCCUAGAGCACUGGUAGCUCCAAAGCAGAGCUCAGAGGACAAGCGGCUGCAGCUUCAACACCCUGACCCAGCUAUGGACAUAGAUGGAAAGUCACAUUUUAUUAAUUUCUUAUUGAUAUUAAAAGUUUCAUUGAGUAAAAAAAUGUGAAGCAUCUGCCACAGCUGAAAUCAUUAGCUGACUUAAUUUCCCUACUUUAGAUUGAUUAUUCUAAUUAGACAUGGAUAAUGGUUCAACUUAAAUUACAGUGACAAAUCAAUAUUGCAGUCUAAAAGCAUGGCACUGAAAAUACAAUGUUAUCACUAAAAUGGUAAUUUAUCUGGGGAGUAUUUCAAUAUUUCAAGGUAAUGACAAAUAUAUUGUUGGCUCUUUACUCCACAUGGCUGUGCAAUUGUAUCUAGAAAUCAAGUGGAACCCAAGGGCUAAGAUGAUCAGUUGACAUAAAAAUUAUUGACAGGUAUGAUGAUUGAUAAAAAAUCAAAAAUCAAAAAAAGGAUUUUUAUAGAAAAUGCCAAAUUAUACCAUUGGUCUGUGAAUUAAGGCAGUUCCCUUGUUUUCUUUGAUAUAAAAAAUUAUGUGUUUUGGACUUUUGGUCAGACAAAGACCCAUGACUGCUAACAUGGGCUUCAGGAAAUUUAUCAAGGACAUUUUCACUGUUUUCUGACUUUCUGAAUCAAUUAAUAGAGGUCGCAUCCUUAACAGUUCUCCUGUGAUUGAAUUAUAUGGCCCUUCACAAUAAUUCUGAUAAUUGUUUUACACACAGAAAUAGUGGAAGAGGUUUCUUAAAAUACAACUUUUAAAACAAAGGAGCAAAAUAUAAACAUGUUAAAUCCUGUUUUAAUGUGACUGUGUGGUGUCACACAUAACAACAUACAAACAAGAUGGAGGAUGGAGAACCUCUUGCAGAUGAAUAUUGAGUAUUUCAGUGGUGCAAGUUUCCAAUAACUUUGAAACAUGUAAUGAUAAUAGUGUCACCACGUGUUUUUGUAACAGUUACAUGUAAGAGCAUUAGAAAACGUCUCUGUCUCAGCCAAUCAGAGUGAAGGUGUAUUGUGGCUGACACACAGUGUUAGCCCAUCUCAUACCUGAAUGUAAUAAAGUCAUAUUUAAACAAAAUACAUGGAUUUACGUACAUCAUGUCAGUUAGGUAUAUUAUCUAAUGGUAAAAUUGUAUUUUGUGAUUCCAAAUAAAUUUUCAAUCGCUAAGAAA